AUGGGGAGAGCCUCGCGGCGGCCGCGGCGGUCCGCGCCUUCGAACGACGAAGACCUCGAGCGAACGAGUGUCUGCGAAAAGGCGGAGGAGGAAGAGCUGAAAGGAAACGGAGACGCAGAGGGUGAGGAGGGAGGGAAGCGAUGCGAGGCAGGCGACGCGAAGGAGGGGAACCAAGGCGACCAGAGUGAAGACGCCCAACUCGCCGAUAGCUGCGGUCCAACGGAGGAGACGACAAAAGGCGGCGACAGCGCUCCGAAGACAGAAGUACGCGCGGCAGAGGCCUCCCCAGAGGAGCGAGACGAACGUGGAGAAGCAGGUGAAGAAGCAGGAGAGGACAGCGGAGUGACAGAAAGGGAGGCUCGAGGUGAGGAGGAAGACAACCAAGACGCAGAGGAGCUGUGCGUGGAAAAGAAACAGAGCGAAGGAGACGAAAAGACCGCGGAGCCCGCUGCGUGUGCGGAGGGCGCGGAGGCACAGACCCCCCCCCGCGGCUCUGACGGCGCGGCUUCGCUUUCCAGUGGCUCACUUCGUGCAGAAGACAACGAGGCCGCAGAAGGAACUUUUUGCGAAGGCGAGAAGGCUGCGGGGGGGGAAGAGGAGGACAAUCAAGGCGCGGCAACCGCGGAAGCCGCUGCUCCUGCCAAGAAAAAGCCCAGUCGCCUCCUGCCGCCUGCCUCUCCGGGGCCUUCCUCGUGUCUCUCUAGGCCGCAGCCGGACGAGGUGGCUGGCGCCUCUGCCGUGUUUUCGCGCGUCUCUCCGCACACCGGGCGCCGACUGGGCGCUGGGGCGGCGGCCGAGACGGCUGGGCCCCCCGCGGACGACGAGAAGAUUCGCUGCGCAGUGAAGACCUUUGAGCGCGCGUCGCUGGAGUCCGCGGUGGAACGCAUGCAGCGCACGGUGCUGUGUCUGCUCGCGGAGAAGAAGGAGACGAAGAUCGAGAAGUCUCGCCUGCUUCAGGAGCGCCGCGAUCUAGACGCGAAGAUCGUCGAGCUGCUCAAGGAAGUCCGCGCCGCUGAGCCCGCCGCGGUCCCCUCGCCGUCGGCCUCCUCCUCCUUCUCUGCCUUUUCAUCCUCCCUGCUUUCGAAGCUCUCUGCCUCACUCUCCUUCGAACGCGACUUUGCUGACCGCGACCCGGAAACCAGUCCGAGGGCAGCGGCUCUCGGCAGCGACCAGCAGCUCCGCGCGAGCGACGCACGCGAAGACGCGCCUGCAAAAAGUUCCGAAACGGCCGCUGGAGAGCCGAAGGACUGCGAAGAGGCUGCCAGCCAGUCUCCCCGCGCGGCGGACGCGAACGAGACGAAGGAGGGUGAAGGCGUGGGCAGCGCGCCGGGUGCGGCGGUUCCGCGGGUGGGGCUUGCGCAUCUCUCGGAGGAGGAAGGAGAGAACGUCGUGGCAGACAUUCUGGAGUCGUUUGUGACGCGCUUCGGACCCGCAGCCGUCCGCGGCGUGGAGACGGCUGCGACCAAGAUGAAGUCGGGCUUCGACGUGCUGCGCACCGAGCUGGCGGCGAUUCAGGAGCGACAGCGCGCGCUGGAGCGCCAGCGGCGGCUCGAAAGGGAGGCGCGGCUGAAGAUGCUUCGCGAGGAAAGUCUCGAGUACGCCCACCAUCAGCGACUCCUGGAGCACCUCCGCCGUCACUGCGAGCUCGAAGCCCGCCGCGGAAACGAGAAAACUGCGGCGGGCGACCAGCAGCUCAAGGCGGAGGGCUCGCCCGGGACCCACGCUGGCGCUGCGCCGUCGCCGCUCCGCUCUUCUUCGCCGACGAGCGAGGCUCCAGGGAGCGGAGAAGAUGCGUCCUCUUCGGCCGCGGCGACAGGCGACGCCGCAAGCGCGAACCCGGCAGAAGCGAAGGACAGCGCCGACAGCGAGCGUCUUCCCUCUGCGGGCGCGCAGUCCCCGCCGGGGUCGUCCUCGCCCUUCGCCCUUCUUUCCAGCGCGAGCGGCAGCGGCGGGGGUUCUGCGCACGCGCGGCCGUCUCCGCUGUUGCUGCUGUCGCGACCAGUGCUCGCGACGCCGCGGCGCGGAAGUCGCCUGCAGCCCCUGCCGGCCUCCGCGUCUCCGUUGGCGUCUCCUCUGAGCCUCGGCUGUGGACCCCCGCGGGCGACCGCGUCGCUCGCGCCUCCCCAGGGGGUUCGCGGGCGGUCGGCGACGGCGGCGUUGGGGUCGCGGCGCGAGCGACUCGAGAAAGCUGUCUCCUCGCUCUCUGAGAAAACGCCCGUGCAGCUGGACGUCCUGAAGAACGUCGCGACGGCCGUGGGGUCGGUGAAGACUGUCGCCCGUUGGCUGUUUGGCGGCGAGGAGGGCGCUGCGAAGCCCGAAGCGGCGGCGGCAGCGGCCGCCGCCGCCUGCGCCUCUCCCGCCACUGUUGCGUGCGGCGAGGCUCUGAAGCGAAAAGAAUGCGCCACGCUGACCGGCACGAGCUUGCGGGAGGGCAAGGAAGCGCGGUUUGCCUGCGCGACGUUUAACCUGGCGACGCCGACCUCGGAUCGUUCCCCCGCGUCCCUGCCGGCGUCGCCCUCACGGGGCGGGGAGGGCGCGGCGGCGGACGAGGAGGAGGGCGAGCGCGGGGAGGACGGAGGUCAAGAGGAAGAAGGGAACGAGGCGGCGCUGGCUGUGCGCGCGAUUGAGGCGAUUAUUCGCGUGGACGUGCAGGACGAUAGCGAGAAAACGAUUCGGGUGGCGAGUCUGCCGUUGGUUGUGCUCGCGACGGAGCAGUGCGACACAGUCGCGCGGGCUUGGGUGCAUCAGCAGUGGGCCGUGCUGAGGAGGUACCUCAGCGGCGCGGAGGGGGAGGAGGGCGAGUCGAGUCGCCAGCGGGAGAAGAAGAAGAAGGAGGCGGCCGCGCACACGCUCGCCGUGUUCCUCUCCAAGGCGGAGGAGGAAAGCGAUUCGCUGCCUGUCCGCAUCGAAGCGCACUGGAGAGAGGUCCUCGGCGCUUCGGAGCACCGCGAAGAAGACGCAUCCGACGCAUUCUCCGCAGAGCCAGAGAGUAUUGUGGCGUAG